UCUCAGAGGUCCAGCAGGCGAGCUGACUGAAAUGUCAGGUCAGGAUGGUGUCAACCGAUGAGGAAGCUGAUAGGAGUGUGGAGGACACAGCGCUGAACAGGCCCAAUGAUGAUGCGGAAACACCGGCCAGCCUCAAUACUAUAGAGGAGCAAAGGCCAGUGAAACAGUCCCUGAGUGCAUCUGUGAGACGCGAGACACACUGGCGUUGUUUCCUCCUCUCCUUGCUCAUGUACUGUUGCCUGGGUACUGUGGCCUGGUGCCAGUUCACUCGUGUCACCAAGCUGACCUUUGGUUCAUCCAGUACCUCAUCCUUGACUGCCUCUGUAAACUCGCUACGAGGUGGAGGAGGGCGCUCCAUGAUAUAUCAUGACAGCCCGUGCUCUGAUGGCUACUUUUAUAUCCCUCUUGCCUUUCUGCUAAUGCUCUAUGCAGUUUACCUGAUGGAGUGCUGGCACUGUCGUGCCCGCAGUGAGCUGCAGUACAAGGCAAAUGUAGACAGUGUCUAUGACAGGGUGCUACGCAUGCGUCAGGCUCGGCCAUGUGUGUGGUGGAAAGCCAUAGGCUACCAUUUUGUACGGAGGACACGGCAAGUCACACGUUAUCGAAACGGAGAUGCUUACACCACUACACAGGUCUACCAUGAGCGGGUCAAUACACAGGUCGUGGAAGGUGAGUUUGACUACAGCCAUUGCGGAAUGAAGGACAUCUCUCUGGACCUACGUGGCCUGGAGUGUCAUCCAGCUACAAGGUUACGCUUUACCAAGUGCUUCAGUUUUGCAGGACCGGGACCUGAAAAUGCCUAUCUCAACCAACGGUCCAGAUUUUUCUCAGAGAUUGAGGGUUUGGAUGACUAUAUGGAGGCAUGGGAAGGCAUGCAGCUAAAAAAUAUUGAUUUCCGAGAACACCUUAUAGCCUAUGUGGAUCCUGACCAGCUACCCUGGUACUCUUCUCAGGUGGCCUUUUGGCUGGCUGCUGUCCUCAUGCUAUCCUGGCCAUUGCGGGUUUGGAUAGAGUAUCGGACAGCCUACGUACACUAUCAGGUAGAAAAGCUCUUUGGGCUGGAAUACAACAGCAGCAGCCCAUCUUUAGAUGAGCUUCCAUCUACAAGGAAUACUCAUUGUGGUAUCCCAAGAGGGGAAACUGUAGACAGCACAGAGCUGGAAUGGCAUAUUGACUCAAACCGGCAGCUUAUCCCUAGCUACUCUGAAGCCAUGCUGAUGAACUUGGGGAACUCUAGGGCAGGACAAGAUAACAGCAGAGCAUCAAAUGGAUUCCCAUUAGAUGACUCCUUAAGCCAGAGCUAUGGCACUAUGCUAGAAGACUGUGAUCGUUGCUGCCAGCUUGAAGGAACGCGCCGGACAACCAUCAGCUCCAGCUGUUCCUCCAUCUUCUCUCGGCACACUUUCCAUUCAUGUGUGUCUCAAGACACCUCUCGCUUUUCACUGUGCCGGAUGUAUGGCUCUAGCCAUACAGUGGGGCUGUGGAGAAGCCAUAGCAGCACACUGACUGAACGCUGCUGCCUGGACGAGCAGUGCUGCAGGUCAAACUCCAGCCAACUAGCACUUAAUAACAGCCCCCCUAAUUACCAGGAUGCCCGUUUCUUUCCUGUCCUUAUUGUGCACAGAUCCGAGGGAUGUGGAGAUCCUUCAGAAGUGAGAAGAUACUAUGUCCGUAGGAGUUCCCUCUGCUUGGAGACUUCCCUUUAG